AUGGAUGACGACGACGACGAGGAUGGUGCACUGGAAGCACUUUUCAAGCAGCUGGAAGAAGAUCUUGAGAAUGAUGAUUUAUUUGUGGAUGACGGUGAUGAUGGUAUAUCAGAAGAAGAUAUGGCAAGGUUUGAAAAGGAGUUGGCAGAAGCAAUUGAAGAUGUCAGUGGCGUUGAUGAAUCAGCAGGGGAUUCGUUGCUGAGCUCUGGGGACUAUGGUAUUGAUGAGCAAAUAGAUGGAAGCGAACAACCAGAGCUGAAAACCUGGCAACUCAGGAGAUUGGCUCGUGCACUGAAAAUAGGUCGGCGUAAAACUAGUAUAAAGAAUCUUGCAGGGGAGCUAGGUUUAGAUAGGGGUUUGGUCAUUGAAAUGCUCCGCAAUCCACCACCGAAGCUUCUACUCAUGUCUGAUUCUUUGCCUGAUGAAGCCCCUUCUAAAUCUGAAGUGAAGGAAAUAGAACCCCCUAGUUCGACCACUGUUGACGAGGUUGAUACCACUGAAAUCAAACCACAGUUGGAGCUUCCAGUGCAUGUCAUGAGUGCAGAAUGGUCUGCACGAAAAAGACUGAAAAAGGUGCAACUUGAGACCUUAGAAAGAGUCUACCUGCGAAGCAAACGGCCCACGAAUACAAUGAUCAGCAGCAUAGUUCAAGUGACAAACCUUCCACGAAAGACCAUUGUUAAGUGGUUUGAGGAUAGAAGGGAACAAGAUGGGGUCCCUGACCAUCGUGUUGCAUUCAAGAGAUCCCUAUCUGAGAUUGGUGCUAGUUCAUAA